GGUUGGACGGAUCCCAAGAAAAAUAUCAAUAUUUUAUGUACCAGACUUCGUUUUUUACUCCGUCCACGUAAUAAAUUUUGUGUACUUUUUAAUCACCAUCAUCUGUUUCGAGCAGCAUAAUCCGACUAAAACUUGCCGUUGUUGUUGUUUAGUUCGUGUAGUUAGUUAAUGUUUUGCUGCUGUCAUUAAUUAAAUAACCAACCAAUCAACUAAUCUCGCUGUUAAAGUCAACAACUGAACCAGGACGGACGUCACUUUUUUGUUGAGGAUAUCCUAUUUGUACACACUCCUUGGGAAAACAUCUUUGUGACCGAUUUUAUGAGCGAUGGGGAUAAAAUAAUUGUUGUAUUUUUGUAAUAAACUUUAUUUUUUGGAAGGAGAGGUGAAGUACUAACGAACUGACGUGAAAUGUUGUCGUCCUCUGAUAGGGACUGAUUGUUGGGUGGGAUUCUUGUUAACAAGGGAAUUUGACAGUUUAAUGAAAAUGUAGAGAGGUUGGUGGGAAGUGGUGUGUGGGUGGUGCCUUAAUUAAUGAAUGAUUGAUUAGUUAAAUAGUUUGCUAAUUAAUUGGAGUGCAUAAUAUACGUAGCCAAAGGGAGGAGGAGGUUCCUGGUCAAUAAUGCUUUAAUUAAUAACGAAAAAAAGAAACGAGACGCACAACGAACAACGAUAGAGGAACAAUCGAAAUAGGAAACGAAUUUACAUUUUUCGAUAAGACUGGCAGCAGAACAAAGUAGAGGGGAUAAGUUGUGGUGUGUCCAUUGGACGGGAAGAAAUACUGGAUUUUUUUAAUUGGACGGUGGACACGCAGCUCACAUUCCACGAAAUUAUGAACAAGACUGAGGAAACGUGGCAGAUUUAAUGAAAUCGUUUAAUUUUAAGGACUGCUAUAUAUUUGCGUGUUGCUGUGUAAUAUAAUCGGACGUCAAGAUGAGUGCCAUGCAAGAAGUUAAGAAAACUUGGGGGGACAAGUUCGGCGGUGAAUUGCCUGCCUCCUCCUUCUGGGUGGAGGACGUUUUAGCAAAUUUAGAAACGCACAAGGCUCGCAUGGAAAUGCUGAAACAGUCAUUGAGAGAAGAGGAAGAAUAUGUGCGAUUCUUGGAGAAUUUGUUGGAAGAAAUAACAGCAAAAACUGCUCACGGGAAUGGCGAAGAGGCAACAGGGUCGGAAAAAGGGGCGGCUGGAAAUGACUGUACAAGUCCGAAAAGCAAUAAUAUUACUGAAGUGAUUCAGGAUACGCUUCAAAGAAGAUAUCAGGACAAGACGGGAGGAGGAGAUAAUAGCAAAACCAAGCCGUUUCUUCUCAAAUCAAGUGACGAAAGAAAACGAUCGUUAUCCAAAGAAGAUGGUACUUCUAGCGACUCGACAAGGACGGGAGGCAAAGCGUCAUUGAAGAAAGCUGAUGGACAAAGUGGCAAGACUGGGUCGUCGUCAUUGUCAUCAUCAUCUUCAUCCAGCAAUGCUACUUCUUCAGCUGCUGCUAAUUCCUCACCAGAUCCCAACAACGAAGAACACUUCGUCACGGUAAUUGAAGUCAGUGGUGCCGACAAAAAAUCUGGUGGGAACAAGGACACCACAGCCGCGGAAGAGUGUAAUGGCAGCAGUCGGAGACCUGUGCCUCCGAUUCCUCCACCAAAAAAUAUUAAACGUGGAAGUGUUUCCUCCGAUUUGCCAACCCCACCUGCCAAUCGAUUGCCAUUUACUUCGUUCGGCCAUGGUGUUGAUACGGCGAACAAACCGCACGAAAUGAUGGAGAGUCAACUCAGGUUCGUGGAGGACAAGGACUGCUUGGAAUGGUUAGGCGAACGAAAUGUAGUCUUCGAUUCGAAGAUUAACAAGCAGUCGUCAUCUUCACGACGUGGUCAGCAGGUUGGAGGGAAGUCAUCGGAAGGAAGUUCUCUGUCCAGCACCAGUAGCAAUACCGUUCCACAACCACCUCCGACAAAUGGUGCAGAGGAGAACGUGUUCUUGAAACCGGCAGUUAAGAAGAAGUUUGAAGGGAGUAAACUGCCCUUGCCACCGAAAGGUUCAAAUAUGUUACCUCGUAGAAAAAACGUCCCCUCCAGCUUGGAUCUUACCCCAUCGCCAAGUUCGGAACGAAAGAAUGGAGCCAGAUCCAAGAUUUCCGACAUGAUCGGAAAAUUGGAGGGAAACAAUAUGCUGCGUGGAGAAAUGGGGUCAGAAUUAACGCCAAGACGCUCAUUCAGACUUUCUAGUCAGCAAAAACCUGUAAAGCAUCGACCCACGAUCGAGUCCGAAACCCAUUUGGACGACUACAUGGAUCCUUUAGAUGCACAAGGUUUAAUUUCAGAAGACAUUUACGAUCUUCCCCCCAGUUCUCCAGCAAGUACGAAGAGCUUGGAGGUGGUGGCGACUAAACCUCAAAAUCAACGCAACGCAGAACAACCACAAAAGCAAAAGCAGCAGCACCCACAGCAGUUAGAACUUGAGCCGAUGUACGAUACUGUUGCGCCAGAUGACGACAACGAACAAAACGACGAUGAUUACGUCGUCCUUUUGGAUGAAGAAUGUAAGAGCGGUACUGAAGGUGCACGGCGAGGGGACAACGAUUCUGGGGCAAAACAAAGAAAACGGCCGGUUGGGAAAGAUGCUGGAGGAGUUGUUAAAGGAGACUCUGCAACGAUUCGGUCGCAGACAUCCGUCGUUUCUGGACAUAGUAUAGCCACCACGAGUUCGGGAACGACAUCCGAGACCGAGGGCUACAUGGAGAGUCCCGUUCCCAAUGACUUUCUCAAUCGUGAACGCACCCCGUCGACAAAUUAUGUCAAUUUAGACUAUUUCUUGUGCAAAACCGGGAAGAACGAAGGGUACGUUUCUGAGUCUGAACCUGACUCGGAGACCGAGUCGAUCCUUCAUAGAGCAAUGGCAUAUGAAAAUGCUAGCGAGAUGAAUCUUAAAACAAACGGAAAUAGUCUAGGAUGUGACGAAGCGUCGUCAAACGGAAUGGAAGAUGCAUUGACCAAAGCAAACGCAGAAGCUCCAACUAUGCGAGUCGCUGAUCAAGUCAAAUUGCGAUCAUUUCAAUCUAGAAUUUCAACAAUAGCAGCCAGUGAGACGCAAUACGUGGAAGUGCUUAAUUUACUUCUCCAAUACAUGAAAGCCAUGAAGGGAACAUUUUCAACUUCUAAACCCGUCCUUUCCACUGAUGACUUUAACAUCAUCUUCUACAAGAUUCCUGAACUUCAUUCGAUGCACCAAAAAUUCUUGGUUUCUCUACAAGACGAAUCUUCCGUGUCAAAGUGGGAAGUGGGGAAACACUUUGAAAAACUGGCCAAGGAGGUUGAUAUAUACGGUUCUUUUCUUCAAAAUUACUCCCGGGCAGUGGACACGGUGAAAAAGUGUAGUCAAAGUAAUGCUGCAUUUGCCGAAACAACCCGAGACAUUAGGUCUCGCACAUGUAAUAUCAAUGCCGGCGUAACACUUGAGACACUCCUGCACAGCCCGGUCUCCAGAGUACAGAAAAACCUGGAAAUUGUGACGGAUCUGCUUAAACUUCUGCCUGAAUCCCAUCCUGACGUGUUGAGCCUGGAAAAUGCUCAAAAACUGUUUCAGUCUUUCCUCACGGAAUUUAAGAUGAUCCAGCCUGAACAAUUGUCGGAAAAGAGUGCUCGCACUCUUGUGAAAAAUUCGUUCAUGGUAGAACUCCACGAGGGAACGAGGAAGCUAAGACAUCUAUUUUUAUUUAAUGAUGUCUUGGUUUGCGCCAAGUAUAAGGCUACUGGGAAACAGGAAAAGUUUACAUACGAACUAAAGUGGCACAUGCCCAUCACGGACUGCAUGGUUGUUGAAAAUUCCGAGCAAAGGGAUACCGCUUCAAUUAAUUUGGUCGCACUAAGAUCAAGGGCGUCCAACGUUCGAGAUCAAAUUAAACGGCAAUGCAGUCGUGAUGAUAAGAAGCAAAAGGCUGAAAAGAACCGAAAAAAGUUGGCCGGGUUGGAAAGUCAAUUGGUUUUAGCGUCCCCAAACCUCAUCUUCAAAGUGAAAGCGGCGAUAGGAAAAUCCACGGGGACAUUUUUUCUUUCUUCGGAAUACGAUAGAUCCCAAUGGAUUGAGACCAUCGAAACUCUAAAGAGACAGUCGACUAUCCUUCCAGCAACAGCUCCUUUAAGCUCGAAUGAGCUGCAGCAAUGGAUUACACGCCAUCGAAAAGAUCUAAAAACCAAUAUGUAUAUGGGUUCGUACUUGCUACGCUCUGGACGAGAUGAAAACAUGCUCGUUGGAGAUUUCUACAUUCUCAUUGGACAGUUGUCUGGAAUUAAGCGGCCCGCAGAUCUGUUCAUCUGUUUGGAAGUAGACUCUUAUGGUCAUUACUUUCGAAAGGCAAAAACCAAAAUGAUCUGUGGCAGCAGUCAGCCAAGUUGGAACGAAGAUUUUGUCAUAGAGCUUGAGGGAGCUUUAAACUUAAGAGUUCUUCUCUAUGAGGAGCACCCAACUCAGGGACAAUUAACCCGUGGUGCUACGACCGUGGAGUUGAACCGGUCCUGGAUUCAGGGGUCUUUGACUAAAGCAAUUGAGAAGACCAUCAGCAUGCAAGAUUACACGCUCUCCGUCUCUACCCGGUUCACACCUUCAGAGAUGACCAUCAGACGUGUCCCGACGUCAAAAGCUGGAGCACUGUUUGGUGCAAAAAUAACUCAAGUUUGCAAACGGGAGAAGCGUCAAGUUCCAUUUAUAAUAACAAGUUGUGUAAAAGAAGUCGAAAGGCGUGGUAUAAAUGAGCAGGGCAUAUAUCGAGUCAGUGGUUCUGUAUCGGAUGGGGUACGCUUAAAAAAGGCGUUUGAAUCAAACUGCUAUGAAGCGGAACAACUAUUGAAGGAAGUUGACGUAAAUUCAGUCGCAUCUCUUCUUAAAACCUAUUUGAGGGAACUACCAGAAGCCUUGUUUACCGAUGAUCUUUAUCCAAAAUUCUUUGACGCAUUCAGUUUGGGUGAUGACGAGAUUAAGUCAUCCGAACUAAUGCAAAUCUUUGAUCAACUACCACCCUUAAACCAACACAUUAUUAUGUACUUACUGGAUCAUAUGACUAGAAUCAAUCAGCAUGAAAAACAUAAUAAGAUGUCCAUUAACAACCUUGCAACCGUUUUCGGUCCUACAUUGCUUCGACCCGGAGGGAAAUCUUCGGGAAACGCAUCCAUGGACCAGUUAGCAGCCGGGACUGCAAAUUGUAUUGCCCAAACAGGCAUACUAUACUUUUUCCUCUGGAAGCGAGCAAGUAAUCAAGAACAAAGUCACCAAAUGCCACCAAGCUACUUGGCAAUGUAGCUGGUAUUUACAAUGAAAGACUCCCUUCUCACAGUAAAGUUAUCACUUAACUUAUCGGGUAGUACAUCUCCAACCAUAUGGUCUUAAUGCGUGUCCGUAAACUUUAAAUAUUUUGAUCUAACUAGCCUAAGGUGCAAUAUGUACUAAAUUUAAUGUGUUCCUUGUUAGAUACCAUACUGCCAAGUAUAAUCUUUUUGUUAGUAGGAGAGUAACUUCUCAAAUAUUGCUUGUUAGCAGCUACGUCCAAUGUUAAGUGUAAAUUCUCCGCAUUACCACCCACCACAAAUUGUAAAGUAUUUCCCAUUGAUCGUCACUUUCUCAGCAUGCUGCUAUAUAUCUUGCUACUAGUUCUCGUUAAGUUUGCUGACGAAAGUUUUUAUUUACCUUAUGCAACGAACUUUUAAUGUAAACCUUUCAGUAUCUGAUGAUUUCUUUUUUUAUCUAACAAGUUUCGAAAAUUUGUAACUCUUUUUAAAAUAAUGACUGAUGAUUGCCAACAAGAGGGGUGUGUUAUUUGUAUUCUCUCCUCCGCAUGGGCGUGUCCAACAACCAACCAAUUAACCAAUAGUUAUUUUAAUACUUAACCAAGAACAUAGCUCAGUUAUGGUAAGGAUGUAAUGUUCACUGCUACUGAUUGCAGCUGGAACCACGUUGUUUGAUCGAUGAUCAUCCAACUAUUUUUAAACAAGAUUUCUGGACCAUGUUUUAUAUUUGCAAACUAUUUUAUAUUUUAUACGACAGUGACCGACUUUUAGCUACAUAUGUAACCAUCCGCCCCGUUAACCAUUGUCCUGCAUGUUAAUUGUUGUUUGUGUCCGUUAAAGCUAUUUAGUUAGUUAGUUAGUUAGUGGUACUUAUGAGGGAUUGUUAGAAAAUACGUAAAAUUGAUUGUUGCUAUAUAUUAAAUACUUCCUAGUCAUUUCCUUCGAGUUGAAUGUACAAAUGUAUAAAUAUUCCGUCGCAUAGAAAGAAAUCGAGUCAACUAGUUAUAAUUUAUUAUUCCAAUAACAAAGGUUUUGUUUUUAGUACAGAAUAAGUUUGUUGUUUCUUACAUGUUUUAUAUUUAGAAUAUGUGAAAAGUUGUCCGCUGUAAACGCCGCAUUUUAAAAAUAAAUAAAUGGUAAACAAGA